AUAAGUCAUCUUGAAGCAUACUGCCGAAGUUAGUAACUACCUUAGCACAAGAAAGCACAAGAAAAAAAAGAUGAAUUCAAUCUUCGAUAUCACAGCUUUUUUCAUUCUCUGUACUUUUGCUUCGGUAUCCUUGUCAUGUGAUCCUGUUCCUUUGAUUAAAUCCAACGAGGGACACAAGCCUUGCAUGUAUUUAGACACCAGAGGGAUCAAGACUAUUGGCUACGGGUAUAACAUGCAGAACGCUGAUGCUCCUGAAGUCUUCAAGAACCAAAUCCAUGCUGACUUUAAUAAGUUUUUCAAUGGGCCACUAACCCNNNUAGUGCAAGUCGCCUAUUGCUCUGCUGUUCCCUGCCUCCAAGAAAACCAAAUCGAUAAACUUUUGGAAAUCAGUGUCAAAACUGCUAUUGCAGAUGCUCAAAGUGUCAUCAAGUCAUUCUCGACUCUGUGUUGUCCGGUUCAAAAUGUGAUGGUUGACAUGGCCUAUACUCUAGGAGGACCAAGCUUCAGAGCAUUUACCACUUUUUCCAGCCUCGUAGAUCGUCAGUACUGGAAAAUGGCUGGAGAUGAUCUAACGUGCUCCAAGUGGUGUAAUGCGAAAGGCCAAGAUAUUAACAGAUGCCAUCGAGAUGCAGCAACAGUUUCUAAAGGCUGUGGAUGUUCUGGACCGUAUCCUCAAGUGUGCACUCCUACAGCAUCUAGUUGCUGUGGUUCUCAAGAAACUUGCUGUAAAGCUGUCUUCACGUACAAGAGCUUCAUCACCAAGACCUUCAAUGAGGUAGCUUGUUGUCCUAACCCUAAAGCAACGUGUUGUACCCAUAACCGAUGCUGCAAGGAAGACGGAGUCUGCUGUCCCGCAGCGCCAGCUGAGCCCACAUACUGUUGUUACAGAAAUUACCCACACUGCGCUCCAGGCCGCAUGUGUUCACGUGAUGGAUCACGUGGAGGUCACAUGAUUCCAGGUACGGAGAUUUUUGAAAGGAAAGGUUUUAACUAAAGUUUAGCGUUGGAAAACAAAUGCUGUUAACUAUGUAGAAUUUCUUCAUUGUGUUUUUUAAUAGUACGUAAAUAUGCCUUGACGCUGUUGGAAAGGCCUUAAAAAAGCCAAGGUAGAUGGAAUUAUGAUAGUAAAUAAAAUGUAAAAAUUCAUAGGAUUCAAGAGGUGCAACAAAAAUAAAGUCAAAAUUUAACUGAA